GCUGACGCCAAGCAAGAGGAGAAGUUGAAGGCGGAUAAGGCCAAGGAGCUGCAUUCGGAGAAAGAUUUGAAUUCUGGUUUUGGUGAUUACAUGCGCUCGCCGGAAGCUGUGGAGAUAAUGAAACUCUUCGUCUUCGCCAAUACCAUCAUGCUAAUUGUUACAAUGGCUUGGCCGAAUUUCAAAGAGCAAUAUUAUAUGUUGAGGGAAUGGUUGGAAUCCUUCCAGGUGGCGCAGUAAUUUAAAAUAUAAAAAACAAAAGAAAAAUAUAUUAAAAUUUAUUUAAACAUAUUAAAGGAAAAUAAAACUACAUACGUAAUUUAACUUAAUCAAAAUAUGAACAUAUUUACUUACAUAUAUUACUCACUUACAUAUUUAUCCACGCUAAAUGAAAGUAAAAUAUAAACAAAAUAAUUAACAAAAAAAAAAAAGAAAAAAUAAGGUGAUCUCAACAUAUAACGAAAAAUAAAUUUGAUUUUUAUUAAACAAACUUCAACAUGGUUGGACCCUUCAUGCAGGGUGUCCUCCUCAUGGGCAUUAUCUAUUGGUACUCUAAAGGUAUGCUCUCCUUGAUUAACGACUACUAUCGCAGCGAAAUACAACGCAAGAUAAGCGGUGACGGGCCAGUAAAUGUGUCUAGCGAAUUUCUAAAUGUCGAUCAAAUAGUGGAAUAUCAUCUGGAUCAGAUCAAGAACGAGAGUGAGCAGCAAGAGGCUGCUGUGGCUUUAAGGUCAACAACAAAAGAAAUUUUCAAAAUAAACGAUACUGGUGGAGCGGAAUUGUUUGAAAACCUCAACUCGAAAAUGGAUAAUGUAAAGUUUUCAACGGAAAGGGAUUUUUGUAGACGGGCUACGCGCCUGGAAGAGUUCUACAAAAUAGUGGAACGUAAAAGUACUAUAUAUAGAUGUUUGUAGAAUUAGAGAAAACUAGAACGACAAAAUAUAAGCUACAAUUAAAAGAAUUUAUAAAUAAAUGUCUACAUGUAUUCAUAAAUAAUCAAUUAAUAAUUUUGCUCAACCCAAACAAAAACAACAUCAGUGAAGAACGGCUACCACACUUAAGGAGAAUAACUGAAUUGCAAAGGUUUAAAUAAUUAAAUCACAAAUAUUUAUACAUACUUAAUCAAAUAAUUAUUGUGUUGUGUUGAAAAUAUAUAAAGCCCAUAUAAAUAUAAAUAUAUAUAUAUAAAUAUAAUAUAUGUCUUCAAAAAAAUAUGCAAAAUAUAUGGAAUAUUAUAAAAAUAUCGCCAGUAAUCAAUUAACACACACAGUGACAAUGCGCUGUUUAUAUAAUUAUAUACAUAUAUACUCAAAGGAAUUAUAUAUAUUACAUAAACAAAUAUAUUACAGCUUACCAAAAGAACAAAAAAAAAAAAAAUAAAUAAAAAAUAAUAAACAAAUGCACUUCUUCAAAUCUUAUAUAACUUUACAACUCACUCAUGUUUAUAUACAAUUAUUGAACACGUAUUAACGUAUUAAAGGUUAUAUAUUAUUAAUAUCAAACGUUAAAAACAGCUUGAGGAUCUUUACCAAUACUAACUAAUAUGAAUAUCAAAUAGAAAAAAAAAAAAAAAAAAAAAAAAAAAAAAAAAAAAAAUUAAUAAAAAAUAAAAAAUAUAUAUAUAAUUACUCACACUAUAUGUUAUAUGUAGUUUAUAUCUGUUAGCUUGGUCUGAGUUAUAACAUAAAUUACGUAAAUGGCUUGAAUAAAAAUUCCGUAUCCUGUGUUAA